AUGGCGUCUUCUAAGAGGCCAAAUGCAGAGCCGAAUGGGAAAGGGAAACGCCACAAAUCUUCCGGAGGUUUUUCGACGUUGGAUGUUUCUCCGGGGAGUGCCGUGUUUCGUUUGCUCUGUCCCGUUUCAAGAAUCGGCAGUGUUAUUGGCAAAGGCGGUGCCAUCAUUUCACAAAUUCGACUAGAAACUGGUGUGAAGGUUAAGAUUGAGGAAGCUAUACCUGGGUGUGAUGAAAGGGUUAUCACUAUCUCAGGUUCUGAUAAAGAGGCUGAAGAAGAUCCUGCUGAGCAGGGAAAGGAGGUUAACAAUGAUGAUACUGGAAUCGUUGGGAAGGAGGAUGAGGAGGAGAAGGAAGGUGAUGUUGAUGAAAAAGAAGAGAAAGAAGAUAAAAAUUCUGUUCCCGCUGAAGAUUCUCAUAGUGAGAAGGGGAAUUCGGCUAUUCGGAAGGCUAUAUCACUAGUUUUUGAGAGAAUGGUUGAGGGAGUGGAGGAGACAAGCGAAGAGGAUGAAGAAAGUAAUAAAUCUUCUUCCCUUGUUUUUAGGUUACUUAUUCUUACUACUCAAGUUGGAUGCCUUUUAGGAAAGGGUGGUAGUGUGAUUAAGAGAAUGGCAGCCGAGAGUGGGGCACAUAUUCGGAUCCUUCCUAAAGACAAACUUCCAGUCUGUGCAUCAGCUUCUGAUGAGAUAGUUCAGAUCUCAGGAGGAGUAGAAGUUGUUAGGAAAGCUCUUCAAUCAGUUUCUCAUCAGCUAUUGGAAAACCCGCCACGGGAUCAUGAAUUGUCCGCAAAUUUUAAUGGGCCAUCUCAUUCAUCUGGGCAAUUCCCAUCACACAGCCGAUCCUUUGGUGGUCAAGGAGUACCUUUUGCUGCCGGGCAUGAUAUUUCUGUUUUUCAUUCUGCCCCUCAAUUGAUUUCCAAGUUUCAUGAAGCUGCCAUUCACGGUCGUACAAGGCCUCUACAGGAAAUGCUUACUUUUCGUUUAUUGUGUCCUGCGGAAAGAGUAGGAAAUGUAAUUGGUAAAGGUGGAUCAAUCAUAAAGACACUGCAGCAAGAGACAGCAAGUGAAAUCAAGAUUGUAGAAAGCCCCCCAGAUUCAGAGGACUGUGUUAUUAUUGUAUCUGGUCCAGCGCACCCAGACGAUAGAGUAUCCCCUGUGCAAGAGGCUGUAUUUCGUGUGCAAACUAGAAUAGCCAAGCCUAUACCUGAUUCUAAAGAGCAUACUAUGUUAGCAAGGUUUCUUGUUUCUUCCAAUCAAAUAGGUUGCCUCCUCGGCAAGGGUGGUUCCAUCAUAACUGAAAUGAGGAAGAAAUCAGGGGCCCAUAUCCGCAUAUUAGGAAAGGAUAAGGUUCCAAAAUGUGCUUCAGAAGAUGAAGAAGUAAUUCAGGUAAAUGGAGAAAUUGAGGCAGUGCAUGACGCCCUUAUGCAAAUAACCACUAGAUUAAAACAUCAUUUUUUUCGUGAUUCCCAUCCAUCUGUCAAUUAUCCUUCAAAUUCUCCAUUUGUGGAUCAACUUCCUCCAUUCCCACCUUAUUUAGGAAGGCGGGGACUGUCACCACCUGGGUUGUAUUCUGACCUAGGCCCUCCACUUCCCCAUGCGGGUUUUCCUCUUGAUGAUCGCCCUCCCUUUUUGACUAAUAUACAUAGACCAGGCAUUCCUCCUCACAUAUCUGAAAGGAAACCUUGGGGUCCUCAGGGGGUACUUGAAGGUGGUUCACGCAUUGGCUUGCCAGACUUUCCAGGAGGUCCUCCUAGAAGAAUUUCAGGAUUUGCAGGGGGGAGCCAACCAAUUAUCACAAGUACCACUGUUGAAGUUGUUGUUCCUCGAGCACUGGUGCCUGUAAUAUAUGGAGAAGAUGGUGAAUGCCUGAAACAAAUACUACAGAUCUCUGAUGCAAAUAUUACUAUAACUGAUCCAAAGCCUGGAGCCGUGGAAACUAAAAUUAUAAUAUCUGGAACCCCAGAGCAAACUCAUGCAGCCCAAAGUCUUAUUCAGGCAUUUGUCAUGAGUGAGAGGGAGUCUGGUUGA